CGGCUGACGGGAGAAGGGCAGCCCCGGCAGCCGGCGCGGGGCUCCGCCGCCCGGCCUGGGGGGCUGGAGCCGCCUGCUCUGCUCGCCCCGGGAGGCUCUUGACAGGAGGUGACCGACAGCUUGGGCGAACAGAUCUGCCGAGGACGAGAUCUCCAUAAUUCCCUGUGGAAAAGUCUUUUCACACUCUGAUGCCCUGUGUGUGCUGGUUCUUCUGUGACCUUGACAGGUCUGUCGGUGACAGCUGAAACCCUGCUUUACUUUUUCAACACUGAGAUUCACUCCUACAUUAUAAAACAAGUCUGGGGGUUGUCACUAUCUUCCACGCCACUGCAUCUGAUCUCUCCUGACAAAGGGGCAGGAGAUGGUUGUAUUCAUCUCAUGAAUACCCUGCUAGAGGUUUUUCAGCAGACACAGUCUGGGCUGUUUGCUUCUAUUCACCACACGGGGAAGCACCAGAAUGAAAGACAUGGACAAUAUCAAAACUGUAAAGAAAGAAUGGGUGUGUAAAUCAGGAACUGAUGAUCAGAUUUUGAAUGGUACAGAACAAAACUGUGACUACUUUGUAGAUAACCUUUUUGAAGAAGCUCAGAAGGUUGCUGCUAUGUGUGUGCCCCCAACUACAGUCAAGAACCAGGUUGAUGUAAUCAUUAAACUUUGGAAAAAUGGGUUUACGGUAAAUGACGGUGAACUUCGGGGCUAUGCUGAUGUUGCAAACCAGCAGUUCUUGGAGUCCAUUAAAAAGGGGGAAUUGCCUUUUGAGCUGCAAAAGGUUUUUGAUAAGGAGGAGGUAGAAGUGAAAGUGGAAGAUAAAAAGGAUAAGGUGUAUCUGUCAUCGAAAAAGCCAGUGUUUCAUCCCUUUUCUGGACAUGGUUACAGAUUAGGAAGUGCUACUCCAAAGAUAAUCUCUAAAGUGAGGGAUGAUCAUCCAGGACCUGAUGACAAAAGACACCUGCCUUUAGUACCCUUGAAUGAUUUGGAGCCUAUCACCAAUGUCCAGAUCUGGUUAGCUGAUGGGGAAAGGAUAAUUCAGAAAUUCAAUGUUUCUCACAGAAUCAGCCACGUCAGAGACUUCAUAACAAAGUAUCAAGGAUCUGAGGGAAGUGUUCCCUUCACACUGACGACCUCCCUGCCUUUUCGGGAGCUGCAGGACGAGACACUCACACUUGAGGAAGCAAAGUUGGAAAAUGCCGUUGUUGUUCAGAGACUUCGGAAAACAACUGAACCUUUCAGACUCUUAGUGAUAAAAGCACCUGAUAAUGACUACAAAAGUGCUGCUACACCUAAUGGACAACUCAAGAAUGAGCAAAAAAAUGCUAUCAAUAGUACAAGAUCAAAUUAGCUUUUAACUGACCAAAAAUUAUCUGCAGGGUGAACUAGGCAAAACCAAAAAUGUAACCAGCAAUAUGUGGAUGCCCUCACAUCCUCAUGCACUGUGCUCUUAGAGAGCAGAAUGGGUGCUGUGCUGUCAUCUGCUAUAACAGAGGUAUUUUCAGCUAAAUUGAGUGUUCAAAGCCUGGCUGUAUAAUGUAGCAGAGGUAACUGUACAGCAUAUUAUCCUUAGAAUUUCCUUAGGUAAAAAGCUUCUUAGUAUUUAAUAAGUGGGUCUAGGUGGAACAGUUCUCUGAGACUUAACUACUGAUAGCACCUUUUAAGGAAAAAUAGUAUUUAUUUUUGCACUUUGGACUAAAGUGAAGCAUUUCACUUACAUUCUCGUGUAAACUGCUGCAGUUUGCAUUCUUCUCACAGUAACUCUUUGACAACCAAUACUGCAGGCAAGCUCACAUUUGAACUCUGCCUUGAAAAUCUUCAGGAUGUAACUUUUAUCACAAGAUCUACAGUGUAAUAAUGUUCUGUCAAGUCUUCACAUGGUGGUGGGUGCAUGUGUGAGAAGAUACAAAUGAGAUAGUUUGGUGCAUACUGCAUAUGAAGUGCCUCAAAGUAAGCUCUGAAGGAAUUGUUCUGAUCAAUGGUUGAAGUGGUUUCUGUUUCUUUUGGGCUGCUACGGGUGUCUUGCAGAUCAGGUGACGUUAAACUACCUAGCUCAAUAGCAUAGGGACCCACUUGUAGCUUUGUCACACAGAAACUUCAGCUUUUUUGGCUAUUACCAAGCAGGAGGGACACAGUUGUUUUUGUACUGUUUAUCUGCCUCUGUCCUGAACUGCCCAGCUGAUGGAGACAGUAAUUGCAUGUGGUCAAGUUUCAAAGAUGUUGAAAAUCCUUACUUGAAAAUUGACAUUUUUCUCUCCACUUUGCCUCAUUUCCAUCCAAAUCUUUUAUUUUGCUGUUCACUUGAGGCAUAACAUUUGUAGCCAAUUAUUCCAUGUUUUGCUAAAAGAGAAAACAACAGAAAGACUUAAUAUUUUGUACUGUGUUUACUAAACAUGUGGGUUUGUGAAUGGAACUAAAAUCUCCAGGUAAUACAUAUCCCAGGAUCUUCAACGAGUCCUGA